UCAAAUAAUGCCUUUAAAAAACAAUGGCAACAGUCCUUUUAUCAGGAAACAUGAAAAAGAAUAUUUUGCAGUGUUUCAGUGCUGAUCGUUUAAAUAUUCAAUGGCUUGAACCGUUUCCAUAUUUAUAUUUAAAUGUUUAAUUAACUUUUAUGCUGCUACACUGCACUUUACAGUAAGUUUUCAAUUCAUCAACAUGAGUUAAUGCAUUCAAUAUCAUGAACAAGCAUUUACAGUAUCGAUCUGCCAUCUUUCAUUGUUAACUCAUGUCAUACAUUAGCUAAUGCUAACUGAAAAGACAAUGAAUGUAUUUGUAUAUGUGACCUAACAUUAAUAUAAAUGCUGCAACGUUAUUGUUCAUUGUUAGUUCAUGAUACCUAAUGCACUAUUAAUAGUAUAACUAUUGUAAACAUUAAAACCUUAUUGCACAUCUUGUUCGAAUCUAAAGGUUAUUCAUAAAGAGAUCCCCUGUUCAAACCCUGGCUUCAGUCAUGAGAGCUUUGAGAGCUGUUUGGAUUAGUGAUGCAAGGCCCAUGGUGUACUCAGCAGCUUUAGUGGAGUGUGGAAGAAGGAGAGAAAUGAACUGCACAGAUUUUAACCUUGAUUACUAAGCAGGGGGUGGAGGUACACACACAGAGAGAGAGAGAGAGAGUUCAAGAGAGAAGGAAACCAGAAAGAAGGGAAGAAGGUGAGAGGGGCACACUUCAAAACGCCUUGGUGGACGAUUUCAGUUCUUUGUCUUUCAGCUGACCUUCCAUCCUUUCUUUCAUCUCAUCGGCUGAUCUAUUGCAAAAUGGCAACAGAUUCUGUGACUUGCACUCAGAAAUCUGAAUUACAGGAUGAAUGCAGUAGUAAAGAAGGUAAAUCUCACUUCACUGAUGAUAGGGAAACAGCAGUAACAGAAAAAUCAGAAACACCUGACAGAAGUUUUCCAGCUCAACCUCACGAUCAUCUCACCUUCUCACCAGUGGAUGGAGCCAUUGAGGCAACAGAGGAAUUCUUGAGCAGUACGGUUGAAAAUGACCCAAAUGGUGAUCAAGACUGGCCUCCAGUGCCAGGACUGGAAGAGGAUAUCCAACCAAAGAGGAAUGAGUGUCAGGCCACAGAGAGUCAGGAUGAGGUGAAGGAAAACACUGAAACCAGCGAAGAUGUUCAGUCAAGUGAGGGUGAAGAACCUGUUACCAUUAAACAAGCAGACAAAGGCUCACCACAAAUACCAAAGGCGGCCAGUGAAGAAGAGGGACAUGAGCUUGAGUCACAUGGCGACUCUGACUCAAUAGUGUUCCUAUCAGAAAACAGUGAAGAGCAAAAUAUAGACUCCAAAUCUGUGGACUUUGCCACCACCAGAGAGCAGUGGGUGAGACGGGACAGUCGUUGUGAUGAACCGUCCAACCUGACAUAUUCAAAAAGUCUUCUCACUGAGACCGAACCUUCAUCAUGCACCCAAAGUGAAUCCACAACUGAACCUGUGGUUAAUGUUGAGAACAUCCAGCAGGGGGAGCUUGAGGGAAAUGAGCCAAAUGCUCAGGAUGAGAACGAGGAGGUGCAACAGGUGUGUGGAGCUGCUCCGCCCCUAGAAACAGUUGCACGCGAGUCAACCAAUCCAGAGCAAGAUAACCCUGCUUGUAUCUCUACUGAAGUAAAAGAGCCACUGAUAAUGCCACAGGGGAGGAGGGACACUGAAAGGGAGGAGAGAGGGAGCAGUGAAACAGGUGAAGAGCGAAAGCAAACAGUGUGUUUCACAGAAACAGGUGGGACCGAAGGAAAGCAGCUGGGAGAGGUUAAAGAUCAAAGACAGGAACGGGAAAACAACGGACAGAGAGCAGAGUCUCAGUCAAACACAAAGCCUCAUCUGGGAGAAGGGAAAGUCAACAGAAUGCAGGUGGAUCAUUUUGACGACAGCCAGAGCGAUAGUGGCGUAUCAGCUGAUUUCUCCCCUAACAGCACAACAGAUGUCUUGGAGGGCCAUGAUAAUGAUGCUCCUCAGCCCUCUGAAUCUCCACCUAACGAAACCCCUAUUGAGAGGGAGAUCCGUUUGGCCAUGAAGAGAGAGCAGAGUCUAAGGCGUUCUCGUGGACUCUGCGACACUAUUGACAGGACUAAUGAGUUUGUGGAAAUUCCGAUGAGAAAGCCUAUUUUAUCCCAGGACCCUCAGAUAAGACCUAACCCAAGCCAUGGCAAAGACCGGCAGUUUGCUGGAAAGAAGAUGCAGAAGGAAAUUAUUGCUGAGACAGAGAGAGAGAAGGUUCUGGUUGAACUCGGCCGACUUCCUGGGUUCUACGACAAGGGAACGGAGGUACAGCUUCAGGACAAAAAGCAGCUUUUUGAGUCAUUCCAGGAGUCGAAGGAAUCGGUGACAAACAUUAGCAGAAGAUUGACCACUGCAGAGUCUGAAGUUGAUUCUGCUGUCGAUGUUAAACAACGCUUAAUGCAAUUCUCACAAAAUUCUCCCAUCCCACCAGCUACAGCAGAGUAUGGAGUCACCAACGGCAACCCGUCUGCUGCUCGAGGACCUGGUCUAACUGAGGGAAUCAAGGGUCAGAUAAUCAUCAUAGAGGCCAAUGCUAUUCCCACAACUGUGGGAGGACCAAACGGAGGUUAUAAGGCAACCUCAUGCACAGAUGGAGGAUCUGUGAGGCCGAUGAAUUCAACAGGCGUGAGGGCUUCUUCUGCUGAGCCUGUCAGAGCAAGACAAGGUCCAAAUUUAGAAGUGACUACAGAUGAGGAUUCUGGUUUAGUGAAGGAGAACCCUUUCUUCAAGCUCCGCUCUUCUAUGUGUCUGCAGUCUCAGGUGGAGCUGGACAUUAAGGAGGCAAAGGAGAGGGAACGAGAACUGCAGAGACAGAGAAACAGUCUUUAUGGAGGAGCAGUCAUGUAUGGAAAAGAAGGAAGAGGUGCAGGAAUGGAUUUGAGUACAGACAUUAGAGUGAGAGAUUUAAGGGGAACCUCUAGCCAAGAGAUUCCCCCACCUCUAGCAGGCCGCCAAUCAGAAACGUUCACCAAUACCACAUCAGCACGUCAAUCCGCUGGAAAACUGGACCUAACGUGGCCACCGCCCCAAGCUGAUGAAGAACAAAGACAAGUAACCGAGAAAACCGCAAAGAUCCCAAGGCAGAGAAAUCCAUUACUGGAGCGCUGGGAGUCAGGGAUGGUGAACGGCCAUGUGGACGAUGACGACCGAGACUGAAAUCCAACUACGUCCUGACAUAUACAGUGGAGCCCAGUCAACCAAGAGUACCAGCCUAAAAUAAAGCGUAAGAACAAAUCAGUUUUCCAAGAAACCCCUUGUGAUCUUUUAAAGGAAACCAUUUUGAGUGCCACGUGCCAUUACGGAUGGAUAAAGAGCAUCGAUUGCCUCAAAAAGACACUGCGAGUUGGUUAUCCAUUAUGAUAUUCCAUAACACACACUGUGUAAAUAACAAAUGAGCCAAACUGGUGUUAAUGGUAGUAGGUAUGGCAGUGUUUAUUGUUAUUACACUAGCUCAAAUGAUUUCAUUGUAAUGAACAUGUAAUUUUGAAUGUAAUUGUCUGAUUUAGUUAUACGGAUAUUUAUAAUCAGUUAACAUAGCUGCUCAUCAAAACAGUCCAAAAGCCUGGAAUUUUAUAUAAGAAUGAUAUUAAAAUGAACAUUAUUUGAUAGAUAUAUAUAUCACUGAUUUGAAAAGCUAAAUUAUUACAGGUAAUUGAUGCAUACAUAAAAAUGAUCAAAUAAAUAAAACAUUGUUAAUCAGC